AUUACGUUGCCAGUUCUUGUUCGUCUCGUUGUCUUCCCAGCGUUCACCACAGAAAACACCAACCCGGCGUGCUUUGCGAUUAUUUCAAUCCCAGAAUCUCCAGGUUGAAGCGAUAGCAUUCACCUGUGAAUCACCAUGGAAACAGUCCAUUUAGAACAGAUGCCUCCCACUGAGAAAGAACUUGAUGAACAAGAAAAAGAAAAUACUCUUGAAGAAACAGUUGAGGAAACCUGCGAAGCGUCAGGUGGUGGAGAAUCUGUGAAUCAUGAGGCAGAUCAACCAGUCAACCCAACAGAACAAGAGGUUAUUGGCUUACUAUUGGCUCAGCAACAUGUGUUCUCUAAUGGAAAUGCCGAAGCUGAAUCUGUCAAAGCAGUUGCUAUGGUACCAAGUGAAGUGCUUCAAGAUGAGACUGUUGUAGAAGAGGUAACUGAGCAAUCUAAUAUUGACAACAAACCAGACCAUGAGAUCAUUGUUGGUCAGCAGUGUGAACAGGAGAGUGCAACAGCUUCAAUCAUGGAAACUGUACAACAAUCUAGCGAAGAUCACAACCAGCAAAACACUGACAGCUUUGUGCCUGUCCAGUCCAGCCUGGCUGCAUCAGAUCUUGUACAGUCAGUGGUUGUCAGUACAGCAGGGGGUGCUGUCUACCUUGAGCAACAAGCUAUAGCAUUGACAGAGCUUCCUGCCGGAGUACAUGCUAUUCCUGCAACAGGAUUUGAAGGAGCAACUUAUGUGCACCAAACAUCCGAUGGCACAAGCUACGUUAUAACCUCCGAGGGCGCUACCUUUGAAGCCCCUACAUCGGUUACCAUGGGCAACAUUGAAUCGAGUUCUUCAAUGGUAACGACGACAGGAGAGACAGUAGAUCAUAGUGGAAUCCUGGAACAAUAUGCCCAGGUGCAUCAGGGUAGCCAAUCAGAGCAUGGCGACCAUGCAGGUACUUUGUACGUGCUGCAUGAGGACCCAGAUUCCCAGGAUUCACUCGACCAAGAAGCACAGGCAACUCCUAAAAAGAUCUACCACUGUAGUAUUGAUGGUUGUGGCAAGCAGUUUUCAACAACCUAUCGCCUCAAGGCUCAUGGUCGCAGCCAUACUGGUGAUACAUUCCGAUGCGAAGAGGAGGGGUGCAAUAAAUCAUUUAUAACACAUAGUGACCUAACGAAGCAUGUCAGGACACACUCUGGAGAAAAGCCGUACAGAUGUGACCACGAGAACUGUGGACGAGUUUAUACUACAGCACACCACCUCAAGGUCCAUGAACGAGCGCAUACCGGAGAAAAGCCUUUCAAAUGCACAUUUAAUGACUGCAACAAAGCCUUUGCAACUGGUUAUGGUCUGAAGAGUCACACACGAACACAUACUGGUGAAAAGCCAUACAAGUGCCUGCACGAGGAAUGUGGCAAAGCAUUCAAGACAUCAGGCGAUUUGCAGAAACACAUCCGUACCCACACUGGAGAGCGUCCAUUCAAGUGUCCGUACGAAGAUUGUGGUCGUGCUUUCACCACCUCGAACAUACGUAAGGUUCAUAUGCGUACACAUACCGGCGAAAGACCUUACAUUUGCGAAGCUACUGGAUGUGGACGGGCAUUUGCUAGUGCUACGAACUUCAAGAAUCAUUCCCGUAUUCACACCGGUGAGCGCCCUUACUUGUGUCAAGUUCAUGGCUGUAACAAACGCUUCACCGAGUACUCUAGUCUGUACAAGCAUCACGUGGUACACACCCAUAACAAACCGUACACCUGUAAUAUAUGCAACAAGACCUAUAGACAGACAUCUACUCUAGCCAAUCAUAAGCGCACUGCUCACGGAGAAGUGGAAGAUUUUGAUGAAGACGGUUCGCCCGCAAGCAAGCGUCAGCGGAUACAGUACACAGAGAUGCCAGGUCACCACGCCUAUGCCCAAGUAGUGACAGACGAACAAUCAGUAGCUGCUAUCCAAGCAAUGGAUGGCACACUGGCCGAUAUGCAGCAAAUCACUGAAGGCACACAGAUAACCAUUCCGGUUGCCAUAGCAACAGAGUCGGGUAUUGAAGUGCAUGACGCGCGUGGCUUACAGCAUUCGAUCGCGUUGUCAGAAGGUGAACAGAUCCCAGCCACUCACAUGGUCGAUGGCAAUGGUCAUGAGAUUGACAUCGUCUCAUCUCCAAACACAGUCGUUGUGACGUCGUUAGAAGGCGGGGCCAUCGUGACUCAGGCAGGUGGAGAGACACAGAGAUACCAGGUAGUUCAUACUGGGCUGCCUGGCGAGGAAGGCGUGACGGAGGUCGUACAUGUGCAGAUGGUGAAGGAGGGAAGCGAGGAGAUCGCACAAGAAAAUGCUGAUCGAGAAAACGCUGAAAAUAUGGAAGGAG